CAGAGGCGUGUCCCCAUAAAAUUACGACGUUUACUAAAUUUAGAGAUAAAAUUUGUUUUUUCUUUGUUUUGGUCAGAGACAAUCAGACAGAGAUAAUUUCUUUCAUUAGCCACGUGUUUGAGGUGUUGCGUGUCCUUCCUAAUCAUCGUCGAGCGACGAUGAGUCGUAAAGAUUAAUCGGUGCGACGCACCGAAAAACAAUUAGAGUACAUGUGUACGGCCGUCACACAUCCAUUCCGAGUCAUCUAUUAGUCGAAGUACACAUGUACUCUAGAGGGACUAGAUCAGUACGUACUAUACUCUAUGGUGGGAUGAUAAGUGCGGAUCGAGCCGUUUAGAUAGUCUGCGUGCAUGGAGCGGUGCACAGUCGAGGCCGGAAUCGGAGCAGCUCACACGUCUCGCUGUCAAGCACCGUCGCAGACGUAUCGUGUUGUAUUCUGAAAAAUCCGAAAGAAAAUUAAAACAAUAUACUGCCACUUAAAAAAUAAUAGCAACGUAUAAUCGUGCGCGGCGGCGUGGAUCGCGAGUGUAUCACGAUCGGAAGAUCUUCGAUCGUUUGAGAAUCCGAGAGACUCCGGCUCGUCGUCAUAAACCGAUACCCUGAACCGUAUUGCAGCCGACUUUUCUAAGCGGAUCGCAAAUCGCUCUCAGAACGUGACACGAUUGCUCAAAGUGUAUAAUAUUCUCGGAGAAGAGUAAUCGUAAACUUUCACGGGCCAUCUCCAUUUAGUCAUGAGUUCUGAUGUAGAAACUAUAAAGCGUGAAGAUUCCGAUGUCGCAAACGACCUUCGUGAGAAGGGUAAAAGUGCGACCAAUGGAACCGUGUUCACGCGUUCGGAUGCUUUACGUCAGGCGACUGCCGAUGCAUUGCGAGAAAGAUUCCAGGAAGUAAAAAAGAGUUUUCUGAAAAACAUUGACACCUGUUUUAACGACGUAAUGUCCGAGACGCUGAAGAAGUUAGAGGUACCUACGGCGAAGAAUGGGGAAUUCUUGUAUAACUUGGAUAAAUAUCGUGACAAAAGAAAAUCCGGCAAGAAAGAUAUGCUGCCGGAUAAGGAGUUUCUCGAAAGAAACUCAUUGCUCACCGAUCUCUUCGAAAUCCCACAUAUUCGCACGGUUUACAAUCUGUUCAUGAUGACCCUCUUAAUCCUGCUUCUUAACACUGUCGCGUCCGAUAUCAUGGAAUCAGGAACGAUCCGGAUUGGUACUAAUACAAUACUGUAUAGUUUCGAAAAGUUUUCAACGUGCAUCUACAUUUGGUUUCUCAUGAAAGUUUCGACACUAGGCGUCUACGUGGCUUUCAAUCUUUGGGCGUAUCUACGACUCCGAUUCUUGCCAAAAUCCUUCAUUCGAAAAUUUUGGGAUUACGGCUGGCUAUCAGCAUUUAUAUCGUAUCAAAUCCUAUUUAUUGUUUUUCCUAUCAAAGCGGUGACUGAAACGAAACUUGGCAUAGCUUGCAGGUUUAUUAUUACCUUGGAACAAGCACGCAUAGUAAUGAAGAAUCACGCUUUCGUCAGAAGUGCGGCGUCCAGAUAUUUGUCAUACAAACCCCAUAGCGAAACUCCGCAGCCGAGUGGCCCUAAGUUCUCGCAAUAUUUGUAUUUCCUCUUCGCACCGACUCUUGUGUACCGCGACGAAUAUCCCAGGACGAAAAAAAUCAGGUGGAUGAUAGUGAUUAAGAAUUUCAUCGAAGUUGGUUUAGCGUUCUUCAAUCUCACCUUUAUCAUGGAACGCGUCAUACUACCAAUGUACAGAGAGUUCGGCGUACAACCUCUGGAAUGGAAGUGGUUUGUCCAGAACUUGAUCAACUCUAGCAUUCCCAGUGUUCUUUUCUUCAUCACCGGACAAUACCUUCUAAUACACGCGUGGAUGAACGCUUGGGCGGAAAUGCUGCGGUUCGCCGAUCGAUUGUUUUACAAGGACUGGUGGAACUCCACGACUUAUCACGCGUAUUACCGCACGUGGAACGAAGUGGUGCACGGCUGGUUGUACACGUACAUCUACAAGGACAUGUACGAGAUCGUGAUGCCGCGUAACCGGGUGCUGGCAGCCGCCGCCGUAUUCGUCGUUUCCGCAAUCGCCCAUGAGUAUAUAAUCGCGUUCGGAGUCGGGUUCUUCUACCCGGUGUUGUUCGUCUUGUUCGGCAUCAUAGGCUUCCCCAUGUUCUUUGUCCGCAAGAUCAUCAACAAUAACAUCUUUAUAUGGCUGAGCCUGACCGUUGGUCAGGGCAUCCUGUUCAAUCUGUACUCGAUGGAGUGUUACGCCCGACAAAACUGUCCAUCUCAUUCCAAUUACUAUCUGGACCUGUUCAUACCGCGAAGCUGGAGCUGUCAAGAGAAAUUUAACGUUUAAUCCUUUCGUGAACGCGUUAACGUGUUUGUGGCAAAAUCUUCGUGGAACGAUGUAUUAUUUCCUGUGCUCCGUAAUCGGAGCACUAUUUGAGGACUGUUAUGUACGAGUAUACAACCAGUUUAACAUUAAACUGGAAUAGAGCGAAAAAUAACUCGUUGACAUAAAAAAUCGUAACAAUAAAAAGACUAAUGAGAGGGUCCAGACGUAAUUGUUAGUGAAUUGUGAUAAUUCACUAGCAAUAAUAAUAAUAGUGAUAGUUUGUUUAUAGAAUUGCACGAUCUCAAUUUCUUUUUUAAUUAAUUUUUAAUUGCUGCAACUUUUUUUGUAUUGAUAAGCAUUCGAAAUCGAUGAAACUGCUUUUUGCAUUUUUCCUGCAAAAAAUACCUACCGUUAUCAUAAUCAAUGAUCCUUUUGACGAUUUUCAAAUUACAUCAUAAAAGACGACGUUAAUAAAAUCGCUCUAUCACGUUUCCCACGUUAAAAAUUAUUAACUUUACGAUCGAAAACCGUAAAAAAUCUCAGUCCAACUUGUUUUUUCGAAGAUGUGUUACACAGUGAUCUGUUCGUUUAUUGUUUAUUUAUUAUUUCAGAUUUUUCGUACCAUUCAGUAAGAAGACUUCCGAGCUUCGUUACUCUUUUAUUUGAGAUUUCAUUGAAAUUACGAUUAAAUAAUUCUCACAGAACAGUUAAAAAGGAAAACAGUGUUUAUAAAAAAUAUAUUAGUCUUCUGUAAUAAACGUAAUAUAAAAUAAAAGAUUAGAAUAAUUCAAUUAAGAUCUAAACUAGAUUGAAGCAUUGUGCGCAAUACUUCAUACUCGAUAAUUAUUUUAUCGAAUAUAAAAUAGCAUUACGCACAAAGUUUCUAAUCUAAUGUAGAUCUUAAUCAAUGGAAGCUCAAUCUAUAUGCUGAAAACACAUGGUGUACGUGUCGCGAGCGCCCGGAAGUCAUCUUAAGAGAUAACGACGACAAUCGAAUUUCUAAUUAAUUAUAAUAUUAAAUUAAUUGUAUAUAAAUCGGAAUGACGUUAUUAAAGAUGCAAUACACGAGAGUUUAUACAAAAAGGGAUAAUUUUUAUUUUUUAUUAAUUGAAGCUUUACAUACGCCUUCUAAUUUCCGCAUAGCAAUGAAAAAAAGUCAUACGUAUAUCUCCCUUCCUAUACUAAUUAAUUUAUGUCAUAUAGCCAAUACACAUGUAAAAUCCUCUUUUCAUAAUUUAUAUAAUUAUGCCUUUUUUUACGUUAUAAUAUAUAUAUAUAUAUACAUAUAU